CGCUGAGCAGAACUGCUUCCGUCCACAGUUUACGAGAAAGAAAAUAAGUGACUAGCACUAUAACAAAAAGAGUGAGAUCAGUAACGCUUUUUAUACGUGCAUUCGAUGAGACUAAAUCGCGCAAAAGCGAAGCGACUAAAAAUUUGAAGUCGCGUCUAUUUAAAAAAAAAUGAGCAAAACUCACAGGAAGUGAUUGACGCGCGUAUGACGCAAGUCGACGCGCGUAAAACGCGCCCGUUUAGGAUUACGGCGUGGUUUGGACGCGAGCGAAAACAGAAGCGCAUCAAGCGAAACAAAUGGACAAAGAAAAACUCAUCACACAAGUCAAGAGUCAUCCCGUGCUGUAUGACUCAAAGGACGAAAACUACAAGGAUAAUGCUAAGAAGGACAGUGCAUGGCGUGCAGUUUCCACAGCCCUUGGCCUCUCAGUGGAGGACUGUCAGAAGAGAUGGAAAAAUCUUCGUGAUACCUUUGUGAGGAAGAACAAAGCCUACCAGCCUGGUGGUUCAGAUUUAAGAUGGCAAAAGCAAUGGAAGUAUGCUGAAAUUAUGUCUUUUCUUCUCCCAUAUGUGCAAACAAGAGGGGCCAUGUCAAAAUUUAUAGAGGAUUCAAAAGAAUUGGUAGAGAAAAACAUAACCAUCCCCCUUAAUGAUGUUCAUGAAGCAGAGGGUGAAGAAGAAAGUACAGGCUCAACUUCUGACAUUUCACAUUCCCAAAGCAGAAAUGAUGAUUCUGUUCAACCUCACAUCAGAGGGCGAAAGCGAAAACGCGAACGAGAAGACUUAGAUGAAAAGCUCAUCAAAUUCUUGACAUCUCCAUCACAGAAAGUCCCUGUUUCCUCAAUAACACCAAAACCACAAUCUCCAACGGAACUGUUUUUAAUGAGCUUGGUGCCAACUAUUGAUGCCUUAACACCACGUAACCAGGUACAAGCGAAAAUUGGAAUUCUUAAGCUCCUAGACGAGUUACAAUCUUCUCAAGAGGAAGAAAAUAUUUUUUGACUAGUGGAUUUGGAAAAUGGUUGGAUGGAUGAAUGGAUGAGUAUUGCUUGAAUAGUUGGGGUGGCAGUACCAAGGCCAGGGUACUGCUCAGCAGGUUCUACACCCUCUUACAAAGCAGGGGCUUGUGGCUCAGCAUGGAGAAGACACAUUGAGCCAGAACUCUUUUGUCUUAUAAUGAAACUUCUCCAGUUUAGUAUGCAUAAGUGCAUUUUCACUUUGAAAUUUAUUAAAAAAAACUUUCAAACAUAUAUUGCUAUUUCAGCCUUUUUUAUGUCUAGU